UACCUCAGUCGACCUCAGUUUUCAAGAGUGUUGUGUUUAGAACGGAUAGACGCAGACUGCGCAAACUAAAUUCCACGUGCUAUUUAUGUAAACAACCAUGUACUAUUCGAAACAGUAGUGCAAAAAUGAGUUCCUAGUGUCAUGUUUUUCAAAUCGUAUCAUUUAUUACAACAGGGCAAAACAGAUUUGUGGAAAAGGCCUAAAAUAAGUGUUAACCAUGCUUCUCAGAAGGACCGUGUUUUUAGUGUGCAUGUUUUUUCUGGUACAAGCUGGAAGACCGAAAAAAACAGGAGGAAAACAUUCAAAAGACUAUAUUUAUAUCAGAAGGAAUACUGCAAUGAACUCUGGGUUGUGGCCAUCUUCAUUCAACCUCGCUACGAAAGCAAUAAUUUCUGCUAAUGCAACAUGUGGCGAAAAUGGACGGGAAGAAUUUUGUAGGAUGAUGGAAGGAGGAAAAGGAAGAUGUGGAAUUUGUGAUAAUUUCAGUACAGAUCCCAGUAAAAAACACCCAAUUACUUACGCAAUUGAUGGCUCCAACAAGUGGUGGCAAAGUCCUGCUAUAUAUUAUGGUGCAGAAUACGAGUAUGUCACCAUUACCAUCGAUCUAAAACAGGUCUACCAAAUCACCGACGUAAUAAUAAAAUCUGCAAAUUCAUUGCGUCCAGGAACUUGGAUACUCGAACGUUCCACAAAUGGUAACGAUUUUGAAGUGUGGCAGUAUUUUGCCAGAAGCGACAAAGAAUGUUUUGACCGCUUUAGUCUACCUGGAAUAAAAGGGAAACCCCAUUAUUUUACGGACUCAGAAGUUAUAUGUACUUCUUUUUAUUCGAAAUUAACACCCAUGGAAAACGGAGAGAUUCACACUUCUUUAAUAAAUGGAAGACCUGGAGCGAAUGAAACCAGCCCUGAAUUAUUAGAGUUUACUAAAGCGCGUUACGUGCAGUUCCGUUUAAUGGGCUUAAGAGGUAACUCAGAACCGCUACCUCGUUGGUUUUCACAGGACAUUUUAAAAGAAAAAAGACUGUUUUAUACUAUAAGAGAUAUCAGCAUCAUUGGAUACUGCGUUUGUAAUGGUCACGCCGAAAGUUGUCGACACAAUGUUGGAUCAGGGCAUCCAGAAUGCGAGUGUUCACAUCACACCUGCGGCUCAAACUGCGACAAAUGUUGUCCAAUGCAUAAUCAACGGCUAUGGGGUCCAGGCUCUUCCAGAGAUGCCCAUCAGUGUCUACCUUGCAACUGCCACGGGCAUGCAAUAUCAUGCCAUUAUGAUGAGGAUGUUGAUAAAGCGGGUCUAAGCAUGGACAUAAAUGGUAAUUAUCAAGGAGGAGGUGUCUGCGAUAACUGUACGGCAUUUACUACCGGUAUUAACUGCGAAAAGUGCUUGAUGGGAUACUAUCGACCUCAUGAAACAGAUAUACAUGCCGUUCGUCCCUGUAUAAAAUGUAAUUGCGAUACACCGGGAUCAUUUGGAACGUGCAUACAAGAGGGUUUGUUUGCUGGAACUUGUGAAUGUUUACAAGGAUACGAAGGGAGAAAAUGCGAAUACUGCGCUGGAGGUUUUAAAGGAUGGCCUAAAUGCGAAUUGUGCCCCUGUGAUGUCAAAGGCACUCUGAACAUAUUAACCUGUGACGACGAAUGUAAAUGCAAAAUCAAUGUUAAUGGAAAAUUUUGCGACAGAUGUAAACCAGGAUACUUUGCAUUGAACGCUGAAAGUCUAAAAGGUUGUACAGAAUGCUACUGCUCGGGAGUAACCAAUCUGUGCGAAUCCGCUUUGGUGACACCAAAAAUGGUACAAACGUUAGACAACUGGCUCAUAACAGACUCAAAAAUAUCAAGUGUAGCUAAACCUCUUUGGGACAAUAAAGGCUUAUUUUCAAUCGGAACCUACGAACUUCCAUUUACCGAAACUUUGUAUUGGCUGGCUCCAAAGGCAUACCUCGGUAACAAAUUAGAAUAUUAUGGGUCCCUCUUAACAUUCAAAGUUCACUGGGUAAUUAUGAGAGGUGAUACAAGUGGAAAACCAACAACAGGGCCCAACGUCAUAAUUAUUGGAGCCGACGGUCGUAAGAUCGCUAUCGGUAACGAUUUUUAUUCAACAUCUAACGAAACAUUUAACGUAAAACUCAAAGAAAAUGGAUGGUAUCACCUUCCCUCGCACAGUCAGAAUUCAUUCGCUAACAUCCAAGACAAUCCAGUAGAUCGUAAACACUUCCUUAGCGUAAUGUCAAACAUCAGUUGUGUACUACUAAGAGCAACGUUUCAUACUGACCAAAUUGAAUCGUUGCUGGAAGAGGUCACCUUGCAUGCCGACGACGAAGACAGUUCAGCUGAUGUGGAAAAGUGUUUUUGUCCAUCUGGAUAUUCGGGACUGUCUUGUGAAUCUUGUGCGUUCGGAUAUGUCAGAAUAACAACAAACACUACAACUCGAGAAAGUUAUUGCGGAAAAUGUGACUGCAACGGACAUUCCGAAAGCUGCAAUCCCGAUACUGGCGAGUGUUUCUGCCAGCAUAAUACCAUGGGUGAAAAUUGCGAAAGAUGCAAACCGGGUUAUUACGGGAAUCCAUUGAAAGGAAGACCUGACGAUUGCAAAAAAUGUGAAUGUCCCCUCGAAAAAGAAGAGAACAACUUUAGCCCUAGUUGCCAGCUCGAUUUUCUAAGCGAGGGUACUGAGCAGGAAGGCGGAUACGUAUGUACGCAGUGCCCUAAAGGAUAUACGGGUGACCACUGUGAAAUAUGUGACGAUGGAUAUUUUGGAAAUCCAACGAAAGUCGGUAGCGUCUGUAGUCCUUGCAACUGCAAUGGAGGUCCUUGCGAUAAGAUGACAGGACAAUGUUUAAAAUGUAAAGGAAAUACUGAAGGAUGGCGGUGUGAAAAGUGUAAAGUAGGUUAUUAUGGAAACGCUUUGAUGUCCAAUUGUAUGUCGUGUCAAUGCGAUCUCGUUGGUGCAACUUCUGUUGCCUGUGACAUGGAAAGUGGCCAGUGCGAUUGCAAGAAAUAUUUCACGGGGAGAACUUGCAACCAGUGCGAGUCAGGGUAUGGAAAUGUUACGGCGUUAUGUGUUCCUUGCGCCUGCAACGCUACCGGUUCCAAAUCUAAGUUAUGCGACCAACAUACAGGACUUUGUCACUGCAAAACUGGAGUAGAUGGAUUUCAUUGUGACACAUGCCAGAAUCUUCACUAUGGUUUUUCUGCAGCUGGAUGCAAAGAAUGCAACUGCGAUAAACAAGGUUCGAAAAUUCAAGCCUGUGAUCAAAAUACAGGAAAAUGUAUUUGUAAACCACAUUAUGAAGGUGCUAAAUGCGAUCGGUGCGAGGUUGGAUAUUAUAAGUUAAAAUCCGUGUGCGCGCCAUGUAAUUGCAAUAGCAACGGUUCCACAAGCAGAAACUGUGAUGCAGAAACGGGCGCUUGUCACUGUAAACUUGGAGUGACAGGACAAAAAUGCGACUCCUGUCAAGAGAAACAUUACGGCAAUGUAACGGCAGGAUGUAAAGCAUGCGAUCCUUGUGAAAAAGAAGGCCACAUUUGUCAUCCCGAAAAUGGAAAAUGUGUUUGCCCUAAUUUAAGUGUAGGACGAAAAUGCGAACUGUGCGUCGCAAACGCUUGGGGACAUGAACCAGGAAUAGGAUGUAAACCUUGUGGGUGUUCAAGUCCCGGACGCUCGACAUCGCAAUGUCACAACGUAACUGGCAGAUGUACCUGCAAACUUGGAUUUGAAGGCGAAAAGUGCGACAAAUGUUCAUUUGGUUACUACGACUACCCAAACUGCCGAACGUGUAAAUGUUCUGUGCCAGGUACUUUACCGGAAGACUGCAGUCACGGUGUUUGUAAGUGUUCGUUGAAAGGAUGUAGAUGUAAGUUGAAUGUUGAAGGCUGGAAUUGCGAUAAAUGUAAGAAAGGAACCUUCGGAAUAGACGCAGAUCAUCCUCAAGGAUGUAUAUCCUGUUUUUGUUCAAACAGAUCGACCACGUGUUCCGCGUCUAAUCGUGCAUGGAACCAAAUCAGAACAACCAAUGUUAGAAAAAUAGAACCCUACGAAUGCGUGAAUGGAAGAAACUGUUGGAUUCUUCCCACAAAAUUUACUGGUGAUCUCAUUCAAUCGUAUGGAGGGUACUUACGGAUUUCCUCAAAUUCACCGCGAAGUUCUGUAUAUCUAACUGGCAACAACAUCACGUUGGAAAGUGUAACGGACCGCGGGGGAGACAUAAAAUUAACAGAAACAUACUGGAAACUGAAAUACGAAUAUCGGUCUCCUCCAGUUGAAAUUCCGAGAGAUUGCCUACAACAGUUGACAAGGACCUGCCUGAUGGUCGUUUUACAAAACGUGUCUAAAAUUCAAAUCGAAUCUCGGGCGAGAGAAUCCAAUUUGCUAUUUAGUGAAAUCCUCCUAGAUAAAAUGUCGACAAUGAUGGGUAUACCUCAGGCCAAGACCGUCGAAAACUGCACUUGUCCAGAAGAAUACACUUCAUCGUCAUGUCAAGACCCGAACAAGGGUUUCUACAGACACUUCCCGAACGAGUCCGAAUCGAAAUAUAAUUUCGUAGACAGAAUUUUAGGGGUGGCAAAGAGAUGUCAAUGCAACAGCAGGUCCAACGAUUGCGAGAGGGAAACGGGUCAUUGUUUGAAUUGUCAGAAUUUUACAACAGGACCUCAGUGCGAUUCGUGUGCGGAAGGUUACUACAAGGACUAUUUAAACAACUGCUCGCCUUGCUUAUGUCCUUCCGAACGACAGAAUUUUGCCCACAACUGUACUGUUUUUGGACAACGAAGCAAGCAGUUUAACUGUUCUUGCAAAGUUGGCUAUUCUGGGAAGAACUGCAACAAAUGUGACGAUACAUAUUGGGGAAUUCCUGAAGAUAGUGGUGGUUCGUGUAGUCCAUGUAAUUGUAAUCCUUAUGGCAGUGAAACUUUACGUUGUGAAAAAUCGACCGGAACUUGCCGUUGCAAACCCGGUUUUGCUGGAGAAAAGUGUUCCAAAUGUUCAAGUCCUAGAGAAAUUAUACAAGACGGCAUAUGCAUUCCUUGCGACGAAUGUACACAAAUACUGUUCUACACUUUAGAUGAUCUCUCCGAAAGUCUCAAGAACACCCUCGACCUUUUUAAAGACGGUUUGGGACCGCCCUGGGCUUUUUUGAAUGCCACCGUCAGUCGAUACGAUUUGUUGAAUGAUAAUUUUAACGAUGUGCAAAAAGCUCAAAACUUCAUUCAAAAAGCGAAUAUUUCAGGAAUCGAAGGACGCAUUCGAAUCAUGAAGGAUGGUUUACUUCAGCAAAAUAAAAACUUAAAUAUGCAAACACAACUGAUUGAUAAGUUACAAUCAGAAGCUCUCAACAACUCGAACGUCGUUAAAAAUUUGGAAAACGCUGUCGACGAUUUGAUCCAAAAUAUCGAUAAAUUCGGCAAAUCACAGAUCGACGUAAACGAAGCUUUGCACGAAGCCAACGAAUUAUUAAAUGACAUCAUCAGCAUUGCAAAUGAAACCAAGACGACUCACUCUUACCAAAAUUUCUUUGACAAGUGUCAAAGAUUUAAUGCGGAUGUUAAUGUGAUUUACAAAGGUGGGCCAGAUUCUGCCAAAAUUAAAACGAAGAUAGGUGAUCUGAAGACAAAAAUUGCGCAACUAAAUGACGAACUAAAACGCAUUGAUUCAACUAACAGCCUUACGAAAAUGAAAAAUAAAAAAAACUCGCAGCAAAUCGAGAUCUUGAGACACAAGAUUAUAAAACUGGAUACGACAGAGGAAAUAAUCAGGGAAAAUCUUACAGAUCUUUUGAGCAGAAUAAGUGCAACUAACGCUGUAUUAAAAGACGCGAAUAAAAUUCACAACUUGUUAUCUGAAGUAGAUCUCGAGAAUGUGGCAAUGGAUCUUGACAAAAACGAUCUGGACGAAGUCUACGGCACGUUGUCGACAGUUCGCGAGCAUGUCAGAGAUUUGCAAAACAAAAUAAAAACUUACAAAGAUAUAUUUAACUUCACUCCCGACGAGUGGACCAAGAUUGACGCUAGUAGCGCCUACGAUACCAUUGUCAAGGGAGUAGAGCGUGCUCGAAAAGAAGCAGAAAGGGCAGGAAAUAUUACACUUCAAGCUCUCCAUGAGCUCUAUCCGUCAGACCAAGAUUCUUUACUAGUCCAAACUGAUCUUGCGAAAGCGUUUUCCGAUCGAAUUCAGAAAAGAGUUAUUAACUUAGAAAACCUCACUGAAGAUUUCAAGAACAGCAGCGACCAGUUGGAAAACCUGAAACACAACAUUUUAAUGAAUGGGAAAAGUAACAAUGAUUUGAAUCUAUACCUGCGUAACAUCCUCAGAAACAUCAAUGAGCACUCUAAGAAAAUAACCGAAUUAAAGAAAGCUGAAGACAAUGCGCGAAACAUUUCUUCGGUAAUCAUGUCUAUUGAAAACCGACUACGUGAUCUAAAUAUUACUUUUCAAUAUGACUUGAACAAAACAUUCGUAAAUUAUUUACAGCUAUUGUCGGGAUCUGAGGUUAAGAACCUUAAAGCAAGAAUCAACGAAACUCGAAGAGAGCUGGACAUUUUAGAUACUUCUAGCUUUACUCGAUUGGACAACGUUACUAAUUUAAACAAGAACAGUACGAAGGAAUUACACGUUCAAAUUAAACAAUUAAGUAAUGUUAUUCAGUACGCAAAUGAAAGAGUCGAAGGGAUUGAAUAUGGUGUUAAUAUAACAAAAUGCCAACGAUUUUAUAAAUUAAACGAUGACAUCUUGAGAUAUCUAGAAAUCAGUUUCAAAUGUGAUUCUUGCUUGCUUUUUUACUUGAAGAAUUCUGAUCACGAAGAACUAAAAAUUCGUUACAAAAAUAAUAGCAUAGUGGUUGAAUGGAAAAAUCAAGAGGUUCAUGUGGCCGCAAACAACACUAUUUCGCUUACAAAAGUCGCUUCGAAAAUCCGAAUUGUAGGAGAAGAAACUAAAGAGAUAACGACGGAUAGACCGUUUAGGAUCGACAGUAAGUAUCCGUUACAAGUGGGUAACCUGAACGAAACUUCCAAGGAAGCGUGUCUACGGAAAAUCAAGAUAAACGGGCAGACGAUAGGUUUAUGGAAGUUUCAUCCCGUCACGGGUACUCAAGACAAUUGUUCUGGAUGUUAUAGAACCACCGCGAACAACGAUGGUUUAGUAGAUGUAUUUUUCAAUGGCAACGGCUAUAGAGAAGUAUUAGAGAAGGAUCUGGAUUUUUCAAAGUUAAGUCGUACAGAACUGACUUUCAAGAUCUCCUUCGCGAGUUUUGACGAGAACAGUUUGUUAUUUUUGGCGCAAGACCGCCAGAACUCCUGCUCAUUUGUGGCCCUUAAUCUAAAGAAUGGUUUCUUAGAACUGAGCGUGAGACACGUGAAUGGUGACAACAUAACGUUAAGAUCUUUUCAAAAACACAACACUGGUACAGACACGAAGGUUGACAUAUCGUUGAUCUAUGACUCUGACGCAAAUCGACAAACGUAUUCCCUUAAUGUGCUCAUUCCAAAAGAGCCGGGAAAAAAGGAAAAGACUAACCGUUUAACGAGGGAGAAUGUAUAUAAAAUAAGGAAAUCGGCGAUUUUCGUAGGAGGGAUUUCAAGCAUAACUAACGCAAGUUGCGUUCCUAUUAAUACUACGUCAUUUUUGGGAAAUUUGAAAGUGGCGGAAUCAAAUAAUAAGCUAGAAGUCAAGAGUCAAAAUACGUUAUCGGCAGGCGUUGAACCGAGACACGAGAAAUUGGAAUUUGACAAAACUUGGUUUCCUGGGAACGGUCAUGUAAAUCUUAAAUUUAAUGCGGAUGAACAAGAAAUGGGUUUCACGAUUAAACCCGUUAAUAUUCACAAUAAUUUUGUAAUGAAUGUAAAUGAUAUUUUAGACGUUUACUUGCAAAAUUCAAACUUAUUCUUCCGACAAAAUGGAAAAGUUGUGAAUUUUACUUCCAUUCAUCCCAACGCGCACAAUUUUAUUUACUUUAAUAAAACUAGCGUUACAGUGAAUGGCGUUUACAAAGAUUGGUCUAUUUCGAAUAUUUUACGCGAGGAAAACAGUGUAUACCUAGGUGACCACAGUACGAAUAAAAAUUACUCCAGUUUUAUAGGAAAUAUUGGGGAUAUUUUUGUUGGUGACAGGCCUAUUUUAUUCAAUACUGCGAACGUCCAGUCUUUUCAAAAUGUAGAAAUCGGCAGAGAUAGAACUCUUGCAAGAAAUGAAUCGAUAAGAGAAAUGCAAAACACAGAGAGAUAUUUUACGCCUGAUUAUAGAACUGAACCUUUUGCAUUUAAGUUUGGAGAUAAACCAAACAGUUUUGUUUUGAUCAAAAAUCCCGCCGUAGGAAAAAGAUUGAUUUUGGAAUUUCAGUUCCGAACGUUCUAUCCGAACGGAGUUCUGUUUGUUUCGAAUUCCCACUUUAAAAACUUGACUUAUUACGCUAUUUUGGAAAUUCAAGGAGGUGAUAUAAAAUUGCAAGUUCAAGGCCAUAAAACAAAGGUAAUGAAAACAAAUGUAAAAAUUAAUGACGGCAUGUGGCACUACGUGCAAGUUGAACAAAUUCUCGGCAAGAAAAAAUGGAGGUUGGUCGUGAAAGUCGAUAAAAAAUGGAAACUGAAAGAAAGAUUGUUGCGGAAUAGUUUCAACGGGGAGUUGUACUUUGGUGGCGUCGCCCACGUUUUGCCAGUUCAUAAAAAACUGAAAAACGAACUGCAUCCAUUUCGGGGUUGUAUACGAUCUUUAAAAAUCAACAAGAAUGCACAAGUUGUUAAAAACAAUAACAAUGUUGUGUAUAGUAACAUCGGGCAAUGCUUCCAGAAUGUAGAGGAGGGCGCAUACUUUGGCGGCGACGCUUUUGCCAUUUAUAAAUACACCUUCAAAGUGAACAAAUUUUUAGAACUGAGUUUCGAAUUUAAAACCGGCGAACCGAACGGAAUACUCCUAAGUGUAUCGAAUUUAGGAAAUAGUCCGGCUUUGUCGGUUGAACUCCAAAAUGGAGCUGUAGUGAUGACCAUCGACAUGGGCAAUGGUAUUAUUUCGCAAGUGACUAACAGUCCACAUUCAGAUUCAUCUCUUGCCGAUAACGAAUGGCAUAACAUCACAGCUCUCUAUUCAAGUUCAGAACUAACCGUCAAUGUUGACGGAGUCAGAAAGAGUUGGGUACAAUCUGAUAUCACAUCGAUGGUUGAUGCGAUCGAAGCACCUCUAUAUGUUGGAGGUUUGCCGAGUAAUGCACCUAGCGGAACGCUGAAGAUUAAAGAAAACUUUAAAGGCUGUAUCCGCAAAUUUAAAAUCGAAGACUCCAUUAUGGACUGGACUGAUAUGAAAAAACUGAACAAUGUGCAACUUAAUUCGUGUUUAGCUUGAUUAUUUCUGAAUACAAAAAAAUGAUACAUAAUUUUCCACUUUGACAUAGGAAUAAAUUAGGAAUUCAAGCAAAUUACUAUCACACCUGUUCAAUUUACGAAGUGCCGUUUGCUUUUUUUUGUGUUAACAAUUUUAUAGGACAAAAACCAAUACACAGCACACAAAAUAUGUUGUAACUUUCAGAGAAUGUGACUGAUUUUUAAAUGAAUACGUAUUGCCAACGAUCGUUUAGUUGAUAAAGUCAUUUAUUUAUUUAUUUUUACAAUCCACGAUGAGUAUUUAAUUAAUAGUAUUAUUCUAUUUAUUGCAUUCUGCCCUAGAUUUACAUUUAUAGAUUAUUUUGUAAAAACAUCAACAUGAAUGUAAAUAUUGAAAUGAUAAGUAUGUAUAAACAUUUUUACCACG